AUGAAAGUUAGCGAGAAGGUGACCCAACUCCUAUCCUAUCCUAAGCAUGUAGUCCUGCAUGUAGUCCUAGUCCUACUGAAAAAAACAAAAACCCCGUAUUACUUACGGAACUGCAGUCCUACCGAAGACAAAAACCCCUGUAUAACUGUCGAAAAAAAGCCCAUCAGUCAAUCAAUCGAUCAAUCAAUCAAUCAAUCAGGGGAUGAAACAAUUGAUGGAUUUAUGGACCUUGUGGUUGAAUGCUGCGCGUCCAAAGUUGAAUUACGGCAUCCCAUAUCUCUUGUGAAAUUCCUAUUUAUGCUCUCUCCUCCUCCACUCCCUAGUAAGCCUAAUCGAGGCAGUAUUUUUCAUUCGGAGAGAGACUAGUCCAUACUAACAAACUCUCGGAACAGCUGACAACUGACAACUAACUGUAGUGCAGCACACUGCAGGGCUGAGGCAGGAGCCCAAUCUCAUCUAAUCUAAGCUAAUUUAGUGUUACUUGUACAAACGAUAGACGUAGUACCCCUGGAUUGGGUUUACUAGUACUACAAUCAAUCAAUCUAAUCUAGUAUUACUUGAGUACAAACAAGUAUCUCUUCUAAUUGCUUUUUUAUUUGCAGUUGUCGACCACGAUGAGUGGGACGGCUCCGAUACCCAUGUUCUUGUGGAAGAUGAUGUACAUCAUGUACCUCCACCACGACGAGGACGACUGGAGGUAUUUGCUUAUGGGUUUAUUUCAUUUUGUUUGUGAUGAAUAUGUGAGAAUUUAGUUGGAAAAAAAGAGGUUUAUUUCUGGAUUUUUAAUUAGAAUUAGUUUUUCCUUGCUUGCUAGUUUUUCUGGUGGGCCCCCACCUGACCUAACCUUAAUUAGCGGUAUGCGUGUGCCGUAUUCCUUCCACAAACGGUAUGCGUGUGCCGUCGUGUGGAAGGAGUUCUAGUUGUAGUUUGAAGAAUGAGAAGAAGAAAGUCGUAAUCUUUCUCCUUCUUUUUUCAACCCUAAACCCUCAGACGUAUGUUCUACCCUGUGGUCUCUUUUGCCCAGAAGUAGUAGGCUUCUUCUACUCUCUUUUCAUAUCGACGCGACACGUUUUCGGCUUUUUGGACAGCGCCAUUGACAAGAUGAAUCGCCUAGCUCAUCCGGUGUACUAGGACGACAAGUAGGCUAGGUGUGGAGGACAUUACGAAAACAAAAGUGGACCACAUGGACUGUGGAUUCCAAGAAUUGUGAAGAAGGGAACAAAUGUUAUAACUGUACGAAAGAAACGUCCUAGUCCUACUACUUCUUGUUGAAGAAGAGGACGUUCAUCACAGGAAUACUUGUACUUAUAGUAAAUUGCAGAUAAUGAUAAACAUGAACAUCUUCACAGGAAUUUUGCUGGUUGUCGUUGGUGGAAGACGUUCCGUUAUUCAGUCUCAGAUGAAAAAAUCUCUUCAGAGGACCUUGAUGUUUAUUCCCCCUCUCUUACUGUGGGUGUCACGUAUAUCUGACGACCAGUGAGCUGGUUCUUGAUGACCUCAUGGGUGAUACAUUGCUCCGACAG